AUGAGUGUUUCAGUGCAAAGUCCGUCUGCGGAUUCGUCUGGAAAUUCGACACAGUUGGAAAGAUUUGAAGAUAUGGCUGUUUUAAACGUGAAAAAAUAUGUUAAAGAUUUACUACGCUCUCGCAUUUUCUUAGGCCGCUAUCUUGAAAGAAGACUUGUAGAUCAACGAAUUGGUUAUCGGGAUGUGGUUCUUAUAAGUGCCGCUGAAGCAGAAAUCAAAAGAGAUAUGAUUGAAGCUCUUCAAAAACUUCGUUCUGUGUAUCCAUUGUUACAUUGGAUUGGUAUAACGGAUUCAAACGCUAUAAGUGUUAAUGUAUCACCUAGCCUUUGUUUGUGGACAGAAAUUGAUAAUCAACCAUUCGGCCCAUUCUGGUUUCAAGUAAAAAGUAUCAAGUUCAGAGUUGAUGAAAUAUUAAUAACAUUAAAUUGCAUAAGGCCUAUAACAGACUCAUAUUUAGAAUUGGAACCAAUACUAACAGGAGCUACUAAAAAGCCUAAGAAUAAUGUAAGCCAAGUUAAAGAAGUUAAGGCAAAUUUAAAUGAAAGUUUUAGUGAAAUUAAAGAAACAUUAAAAAGUGCAUUAACAAUAAGAAACGCAAAAGAGUUUGUCACAUUUGUUUUUGCAUUUGUUAUUGCUAUAUUCACAGGCAGUACAGCAUUUGUUAAUUUCCUCGGUAAUUUUAUUUUAGCUUUAUUGAGGGAAAUAUCUAUAUUAAUUAAAAACUCUACUCCUAUGCUGUUAGGUUUUCUAGAGUUUCUUAGUAAAAUUGUUGGUGGGUUUUAUAUUUUAUUAGCUAUGCUUUUUAAAUCAAACACUCCUCAUCCUCAGAAUAAAAGAAGUUUGACUUACUACAAUAGAAUGGAUAAUAGUAGAGAAUUUGACUAA